AUUUUUAACGAACUUCAGUCCCAUUCGUAUCCCGUUCGUCAUCGGACGCUUUCUGCGCUCCUCGAACUCUUAAUCCGUUGAACACCCUUAUUUCCCCGAAUAAAGUUGUAUUCUGCCCAAAGGCUCGUUUCUCGUUGUUUGUCGGCCUCCGGAAAGCUCUUACGGAGAAAAGAAAAUUCGAGGACAUUUAAUUAAACUUAAUGAAGGAUCAUCAUCUCCUUUGAAUCCCAAGCCCAGGAAGGAUGCCACCGAACUUUGUGCGAGGCUCUGUGAUUUGUGAUGUUUGGUGGGUGGUCUCUGAUUGGUCAUUAUUUGCGUGAAUCUCCGGACAUCUUUCGGACCGAGAGGGUUGUUUACUCCGGUGAUUAACUCUUCGCCUACUACUGGUGCUGCUACUGAUGAAAACACAUCUCCUCCAUUAUGUUAACGCUCUUGGGAAAAUCCAUCACUCACCGCCUCCUAGACCUCCUAGCAUUCUUGGAUUAUGGGGUUGCCCGGUUCGGAGUUCUGUGAACGAAAGAAGUGAUUGUUGAAGAAAGAACUGUGUGUGCGCUCUCGGGUUCCUUCGGUAAGCAAAAACCUAGAGAAGUGAAUUAAGUAGCUUUCAACGACAAGAGUUUCUGCUUCCAGCAUCCCAUCCCGGCUCUUGAAGAAAGUUUUGGGCGAAGACUGCGACUGGUCGAGUGGGGGCGAGAAGUAAGUGAAAAAGUAGGCAAAAGUCGACCUCAAACCACCAGAGGCCGGAAAGUUUGUAUGCCUUGCGAAGUUUUGUACGUUUCCGAGUGCGUCGACGUUUCUUGGAGGAAGCUUGUCGAGGGGUGGUCGGUGGUGGCAGAAAAACACGAUUUAUUUCAAUAUCCCCUCGCUCUCACUUUAUCCUUGUUCGAGGUGGAGUUGAUCAGUCUGGAAUAAAUGUGGCUUCCGGAAAUCACUGGGACGGGAAAUGACGAGCGAACCGAAUUGAAAUCGUACACCCUCUUGACACAGUGAAAGAGUUCCAGUGAUUUUGCUUUUAUUUGUGUGAAAGGAUUUUACCUGCCGCGGUGCUCGAAGACAAGUGCUGGAAAAGACCGAAGAAUGCUGGUGAAAAUUGUCGUAGGAGUUCUUUUCCGGAUACUGAUCCUGACAGGCAUCUUUCCGUUGCAGCUCACACGCAUUCACAUUCCUGCAUACAAAUUCAGGGGUGGCUCAGCCCAACUAGAAUGCGAAUACGAGUUGAAAGGGGCACGGACCAAUCCAGAAGAGUCCAUCCGAGGAAGCCACCCUCGGAAUCGUUACAUCUAUCGUGACGAUUACUACAACGAUGGCGAUAGCGAUGGGCAGGGAGGCUCCGGGUCGGAGAAGCUCUACUCCGUCAAGUGGUACAAAGACAACGAAGAGUUCUAUCGGUACGUGCCGUCCGCAAAUCCACCGAUCAAGAGCUAUAAAAUCGAGGGCAUUCGUGUCGACACGGAUCAUUCCAAUCAUUCGAAAGUGACGCUGCGGAUGUUGACGCUGAAAUCGUCCGGGUUGUAUCGGUGUGAAAUUUCCGCUGAAGCUCCAAGCUUUGACUCCGUACAGGGUGAUGGUCGGAUGGAUGUGAUAGUGAUUCCCAAGGACGGCCCCACCAUCAGCGGUGACAGCGAGCGGGACUCGUACCAUAUGGGUGAAACGCUGGAGCUCAACUGUACUUCCGGCCGGUCCUAUCCGGCUACCACGCUGCAGUGGUACAUCAACGACAAUCUGGUGCUGGAACCGAGCAUGUUGGUGAGCUAUCCACGCUUCCAGAACCCGCACGGGCUCAUCACCAGCUACCUGGGGCUCAGCGUGGUGGUUGGACCUCAUCACUACGUCAACGGAGAGAUGCGAAUCAAAUGCAUGGCCAGCAUGUCGCCAGUGCUGUGGAGCGGCGGCCAGGAAAGCGUUCUGCAACAUCCCACCUUCGACCAUCGGGAGGCUAUGCUGCUGGUGAGGAGCCUCAGCUGGCAAGUUCGGAGCAAAAGUCCCAUCAUUCUUACGGCGGUGGCAAUAUACCUGUUAGUGAUCUCGUGAUAAGUGCAUAUGUCAAUCGAAUUCCCAGGAGAAACCUAGUUUGUAGUCAGCAUCUAAGUUUGAACGAGUGUUGUUUGCUGCGGGUGAGCAUUAAUUAGGUUCGCAACUGUUGCUUGGUAUCGAUUACAAAAAAAAAAGAAAAAUUCAUAGGAUGACGUCCGACAAAGGAACCUUAUUUAGAGCAAUUUAUCGUAGUUGUGUAAAUAGUAGCGAGUUAAACCACUGAAGCAAAAUUUUGUGAAUACCAUCGAAUAAGUGAUCAAAACAGAUAUAUCAAUUAAAGCCAGAUUUUUGUAAUAAAAGCAAAAAA